AUGCAGCAGGAAGGUGUUGAUUUGAACACCAGAGCCUUUAGAUAUCUCUGGACUCCGCUAUCGCUAGCCGCACGCAAUGGCCAUUAUGCGGUAUGUAGGCUUCUACUGGCUCGGGAUGUAGUAGAACCAAAUCCAAGAGAUUCAGGUGGUAGAACGCCACUGUCUUGGGCGGCAGGCAACGGCCAUGUGAAUGUGGUUGAACUAUUUCUGUCGGAUUGUCGGGUAGCGCCAGACUCGAGGGCAUCAUGGUUCUACAAAGGCCGGACACCAAUCAUGUGGGCUGCUGCCAAUGGACAUACGGCCGUGGUAAAAGUGCUACUAGGGACUGGAAUGGUUGACUAUGGUUCCAACGACGAUGACGGUCGGACAAUACUUUCAUACGCGGCCCAACACGGAAGCUCAGAACUAGUCAAGCAGGCUCUUGCUAGAAAGGGAAUCAAAGCUAACUGGAGAGAUCAAACUGGCCGCACCGCCUUGUCUUGGGCAGCACAAAACGGUCAAACAGCAGCUAUCGAGCCGCUUCUCGCCAGGAACGAUGUUGAUCCGAACUCCACUGACAACAGCGACAGAACACCACUCUCAUGGGCAUCUCAGUACGGACAUGAGCCAGUAGUCAGAAUGCUU